UUGUUUUAGCAUUAUUGUUUAAAAUUGCCCAUUUAAACGCGAUUACUAUUGUGUUAUUAAUUGUGUUCUUGACAGUUUUUGUACGUGGCAACGUGGAUCAUGGUAACCCGAAGCCAUAUAAAGCAAAAAUGUGUGACCCUGCUAUAAUGAGCGAUGACCUGGCUGUCAAGUUGGGAAAAUGCGAUGAAUUGUACCAUACGGAGACUCAGAAAGAUAUCGAUAAAUUUACGAAAUUAACGAAAGCUGAAAACCGAUACUAUUUGUACGGUACGUGCGAUGAGCUGGAUCAAAAAUGCAUUAAGGAUUACUAUAAUAAGAUAAAGGAGGAUUGCUACUCAAAAGUGUUUGGUGUUUGAUAUGAGC